CACAGAUAAUUACAGUAUUAUGUAUUGACUCGUCACAAAGCUUUUAGUCACGCUAACUUGUGUCUCUCUCCGAAUGUAUAAUACAUAAAGGAUAAUGUACCUAAUCUCAUUCCAAUUUAUUACAUGUGGCGAUUAAGUGUGCGUUGUCUUUAUAUGAUACAGUAUACAUAAAGAAGUUGGAGAGGAUAAGAAAGCGAUAGUAAUGGUGUGUAGAGGUGAGGUAUCCGCCUGGCGCAAGUCUUAGAUGGUAGUGGAGUGGAAGACGGGUCACUGGCUCACCUGGCACUCUUCUCCUUGUUUUAGGGCCAUAUCUGCCCUCGUGUGAGUUAAAGAUGAUGUCAGGUACCAUAGAAAUGGAAGAGGCACAGUCAGCAACACCAGUAGCAUUUGCAAACCAAUCACCCAAGCCUCAAGAAGUCGAGUGUUCAGAAAAGCUUAUGACACAAGAAUCAGCUGUCAUCUCAAGUCCAGAAGAUGAAUUUGUGUGGGAAGAAUACUUGGAGGAAACACAAGGUGAAGCAGUUCCUCCUACAGCCUUUCAACAUGUGGAGAAGAGCUUAGAAUCUGGAGUACUAGAAGAUCAUUUGGUAGAGGUGGUUCACCCUACACUCACACAACAAGGAACCGGAUACUGGCUAACAAAAGUUGUUACUACAUGUGGUCCACUGUUAAGAUUGCGGUAUGUAACUCAGAGUUCAUUCAAUAUAGAAUGCUGGCAUGAGAUAGCAAAUGGGGGUCUCCACCCUGUAGGUUGGUGCAGUCAUCAUAAUAUCCCUUUAUCUUUGCCACCUGAACUCACUUCUGUUUUAUUAGAUGAUGACAGUGUAAAGGAAGCCAAAGAAGUAGUAAAACAAGUUCAGCAAGAAGGUACAUCAGUACCGGAGGAAGCACUUGACGUGGAAGGCUAUACUGCAGUGGACCGCAUCAAACAAGGAAUGAAAGUUGAAGUAUUAUUUGAUGGCAAUCCACUGUGUGGAUGGGUAGCAACUGUGAUGGAUAAUAUUGGUGGUCGUCUUCUCUUGCGUUAUGAUACCCCAGACUGCUCUGCUGAUACAUUCUGGCUCUUCUAUCAGCAUCCACGUCUGUGCCCACCUGACUGGAUUCAUCAUCAGGGACCACUUUGGAAAUACAGCCACCCAGAGUCAUCUUCAGCAUAUGAAUAUGCAGAAUGGGCUGCUCUCUUGGAACUGAGCCGUGAUGAUGCAAGACACUCACCUAUACCGGUCUCUCUCCUGGCCCCCAAGCUGACUCCUGAUAUUCAUCACUUCAAAGCUGGAAUGUUAUUAGAGACAGUGCAUCCUUUCAAACCAUACUCUGUGCACGUUGGCAGAAUAUCUGAGAUAAUUAAUUCCUAUUUCUUCAGAAUAGUUAUUGAUUCUAAUACAUCAGAUGAAGAAGUUUCCUGGGUUACACACAUAAAUGAUCCAUUGAUAUUGCCAUGUGGAUUUUGUAAAGAUAAUAAUUUGAUUUUAGAAGUGCCUAAAGAUUGGCUAAGUGAAGCAAAAUUUGACUGGGAUAUUUUCUUGAAUUCAUCUUCAUCUUUGUGCACUGAAUGCGAGAUGUUCCCAAAUUAUGAAUCCUCAGAAGACCAAGGCUUUUUACCUGAGAUGAGAUUAGAAGCCGUAAAUCCACUUGCCCCCAAUCAAAUUUGUGCAGCAACUGUUAAACAGACAUGUAAACAUUUGUUGGUGGUCCAGCUUGACUCAGUACCAGACUCAAAGCCAGUAAUUCUAGCAUCAACAAGUCAGGAUAUUUUUCCAACGGGAUGGUGUCAGACCAACAAUUAUCAACUUCAGUUGCCAGCAGAAUAUUUUCCUCGAGCGACAAGUCAUGAAAAUUCAACGUCGGAAAUGAGCCAAGAGACAAAUAAUGAGAAUUUACAGACUACGGAAUCAGUUUUGAGUGGGGGAGGAAGCCAGCGGUCUCUCUGGUGCCCUAGACUGUAUGUGAAUCACUGGUGCUACACCGGUCCUUAUCUCAGUAAAUCUAAAGUUGCAAAGCAGUCUCAGAGUGUAGGUCCAGGGUCAGUAGAACUGGUGCUACGUGAAGUACUCUCAAUGACCAUCAAUGCAGCGUACAUACCAACACGAGUUCUAAGGGAACUGGAACGCAAUGGUCCUGAUCCACAACAUGUCUGUUCGACUUGGCAUCUCACACCAUUUAAAGCAAAAUUCAAAAGGUAUACAUAUACGGCAAAUAUUCCGGUGGCCACUACAGCAAAUGAUAUAAGUGACUUCUUAUACUCCAUUUGCCAGACUUUACAGUGUUGCCCGAAUCUGUGGUCACAUUCACUGACUGGAGAAAAUUGUCCUUUGAUCUGCACAUCUCAAAUGACAAUUCAAGGCAAUCCAUCAUCAUGUCCCCGAGGUCGGGGAAGAAUCUCCAUAAACAAGGGUGUCAGAGGUGGUCCAGGAACAUCAAGAAUUAUUCAUCGGCGUAAGAGGGGUGGUCGAAAGCGUCUGUUUGUACCUGUACGAGCAAACCGCCUCUUACAAACUAAAUCACUGACGACUCCAUCAGAUGAUAUAUCAGAGGAUGUUGAAGAGGAGGAAGAUGUUGAAAUUGAAGGUGAUGAUGAUGAUGAUGUUGUAAGUGGUUCUGAUGAAGGUGAUACAAGCUCUCGUAGUUCACGUCCCACGAGCCCCCUCUUAGAACAUGGCCUUACCAGUAGACGUCGACGAAGAGUGUUCCCACGGCUUGAAAUGCAGACUAGAGGAAUUAAAUUGCCUGACUAUGCAUCUCAAAUGAAGAUGAGACAUGUAAAAAAGAAAUAUGAAGUAGGAGAAGCAUCAUCUAGUGCUUCAAGUUGCCGUGAAGAACCCUUAGAGCGUAAAGAGCGAAUGAGAAGAGAUCGAAAAAAUGAAUAUCCAGAUACAAAUUCUGGGCUAGAACCUGCAGCUGUUACAUCUGAUCCACUAGAAUGGACUGUACACGAUGUUGAGCAGUAUGUUGCAAGCCAGCCUACAAUUUGUCAUCAUGCAGUCAGAUUGCGGGAACAAGAGAUUGAUGGACGUGCUUUCUUACUACUCAACCUUCCUACUUUAGUACAACAUCUUGGCCUUCCACAUAGUUCAGCAGUUGCACUUGCUCAGCACAUAUGCAGAGUUAAAUUAGCCCAUUUCCUUUAUUAUUACAGAGCUGAAGCAUGACCAUCAUUUUCAUACAGAGGAAUAACUAUUAUUGAGCAAUCUUAAAUUUCUUAAUUUAGACAAGACAUUUCAUAUGAUUAUUUAUAAAUAUUGAUAAGAUAGUCUUAAGAGUUGAAAACAAAUAUGUAUUUUUAAUUUAUUCAGUAUAUGUAUGAUGUUUAUUUAUUAACGUAGGCUUUUCAGUUGUGUUUUAGUCCUUAAACUGCCAUGAAUAAUAAUUUAGUGAUACUUUGGAUUUUUCUGAUGCCAAAAUUUGUGAGGUGUAGUUUCAUGUCAGAAGUCAUCAUACUUCUGGCCAUCAUCCCUAAAACGUUGAUAAACCAGUGAAGUAUAGUUUGCACUUCACACGCUCAACCAUCCUGGCAAAAUCACUGCCAGGAGUGCACAUGCCAUUAUACUAUAUAUGGGAAAAUGGACUUAACACUUUCGCUCGGAGAUGACGCAGCAUUGCGUCAUCCGUUUACUGGCGGUAAUGCCGGGGAUGACGCAGCAUUGCGUCAUCCACUUUAAAAAUUCGCCAAAAAUCAGGUUUUUAUCCGAU